AUGCUCGUGCUUUCCGGACUCGUGUGUUUGAGAUAUGCCAUAGACGCCCUGGCCACACGGACAGUGAAGAUCAACCAAAAUGCAGUCACAAAAGAUUUCGACGCUCCACUCUCCUCGUACAAGCUUAAGGACGAUUUUCUCACUAUCACACAAGCUCUCGGAGUCGCUGUCGAAAAAAAGGACACAAUUGCUUCACUAACCAACAAAAUCAAGACACACCUUGACGAGCACCCGGCGCUGGCAGACAAUGCACGUUUUUCUGCAUUGUUUCAAGUUGGAGGUGCAAAGCGUCGCACACAUUCGAAACACAUCCCACUCAGCAAGGACUCCGCACCUAAUAUCAACGCUACUAGUAGUAGCCAUUCAAUGUCGUCCCCCACACCACAUUUUGGCUUCGGCUCGUUGCUCCCAGUCUCACGGCCACCUGCAGGACUCGAACACACAUUGUAUACUCCUCCUUCGAGCUUACAAUAUCAUCCACACUCGUCAGCUAAUAUCAUGUCCCAUGGAUCUUACGCACCAGCGGCACCACCUACCUACUCUUUUGCAGCACCUUCUUUUGUACCACACUGUCCCAGUCAUCUACAUAGUUCCUACAGCCCCUCAUAA